AUGGCUGCAAAGCUGAGGUUGGUUAGAUACUUUCCAAAGUUCUACAAGUCGAGCAAGGAUAGCAUUAGAGAGCUAGAUUUCGUAUUUCAUGAUGUUAAGGGACAACGGAUUCAUGGUUCGGCUCCCGGAUAUGUGCAAGUCAUUGUUGAUGCGUUGAACAAUUCUCCGGUGAAUAACUUGCGUGUAGUAAUUGUUCAAUUUUGCCGCGCAAGGACUUUUGAAGAUGGAUCUAUAAAAGCUGUGAACAUUUUUGAUGCCACUAAACUUAUAAUGGGUGACAUACCCGAAAUUUUGAGCUUCAAAGAAAGGUACAACUCACACAUAAGGCCAAGUGAGUCAACAUUCCAAUAUGUGAGGCCCUUCAUAUCUAAUAUUGGUGAAGAUUUGGAGUCGGGAAUUUCUCCAAUCAAGAGUGUGGCUGAUUUUAUGAAUGCUAAUGAGGAACGUAAUUAUUGGAUCUUUGGCAAUAUCAUUGACAUAUCCGGCAAUUUUUUCUUCAAAUCUUGCCCGGAAUGUGUUCGGAAAGUGGAGCCCAAAGGAGAGAGUUUUUGGUGCAAUUAUUGCAAGAACUCUAUUCCUUUUGCGAUUCUAAGGUACAAGCUCCACAUUUCAAUCGUGGACGACACGGGAGUUGUACCACUUCUGUGUUGGGAUAAAGUUUCAAGAGAGAUGAUUGGAAAAUCUUGCGAAGAAGUUGUCAACGACAUGUUGAAGGAAGAUGAUGGAGCUCUUUUGCCAAGUGGAAUUGAGCAAUUGAAUGAUAAAGCAUUCAUGUUUAAAGUGUCAAAGAAGAAAGAUCAAUUUGGAUCUUACAACGGUCCAUUUACGGUAGCUCGCAUUACCGCUGAUCCUAUUUUGCUCGAUCGAUUUGGACCUUUGCCAAUAACUUCACAGGAAUCAAAUGGUGAACUGCUCAGCCCAAUCCGGGCUGUAGAAGCUAAAGUAAACAGCCCAAAAAGGGCUGUGCAGGCUGAACUGAAGGAUAACAGCCCAAUAAGUGCUGCACAUUCUGAAAUGUACAGCCCAAUGAGGGAUGAAGAUGAUGAAGGUUACAGCCCAAUAAGGGCUGUAACCACUGAACAGUACAGCCCAAACAGGGCUGUAAAGGCUGAAGUUCACAGCCCAAACUGGGUUGCAAAGGGUGAAAUGGACUGCCCUCUUAUUGCUGGAAAUGGCUGCAAGGAAAAGACUAAGAAGAGAGAACAAACUGAGGUGUUUGUAGAAGGAUCAUGCUGUUCAGAGGAGCCAAAAGGGCAUAAGAAGAUAAAGAUUGAAAAAUUGUGA